AUGUUGCAGUGCCGCAAUGCUACGAGCAAUGCUACGAGCAACGACGAACAUCUGCACAUCAAGAAUUACUGCCUCUUCAAAACCAUAGGGAGAGGCAGCUUUGGAACCGUAAUGCUGGCCCAGGAAAUGCAGUCAAAGUUACAGGUCGCUAUAAAGAUCGUUGACUUAACUAGACUGGAUUCUGCUCGUCUGGAGACAGUUUGCAGAGAAGUCAAUUUCCUGAGAAGCCUCAACCAUCCCAACAUAGUAAAGCUAUAUGAAGCUAUAGAGACAAAGAAGGUGCUGUACCUUGUUAUGGAAUAUGUCAGUGGAGGUGAUCUUUAUCACCAUUUUCAAUCAGAAAGGCGACUACAAGAGGACGAAGCUCGCCUUUUAUUUCGCCAGACCGUGUGUGCAGUUCAGUACAUUCAUCAAAUGAACGUGGCACACAAAGACCUCAAGCCAAGCAAUCUCCUAUUAGAUGAGAACCGAACUGUCAAAGUUGCCGACUUUGGCUUGAGCGAGGCCUUUCAAAUUGGGAAAGAUCUGGAAACCCCUGGUGGAGCAGUUGUAUACCGAGCUCCAGAGGUUCUACAAGGGGCAUCAUACAACGGACCAAAGGCAGACACCUGGAGCCUAGGGGUCACACUGUACAAACUGCUCACAGGCUCCAGGCCCUUUUCUGCACGUACUGCAGAGAAAAUCAUGAAGGAUCGGUGGCUAAACACGGGCUAUGAAAAUGACCUUCUUAAGCCUUAUGCAGAUCCAGCUCCACUAUCCAUGGGUCUCAACAACACAGGAAAGGAAAACCCAGAUAAAACCAGAGAUACUGCAGAGGAUACCGGAGUUACAAACUCUGACAGUGCGCUACCAUUUGGCAGUGACUAUAUGUACCGGCCGCCAGAGCUAAAAAAACUGAAACGGCUGCACUUCCGUGUGCACAGAGUUGUGGAGAGUGUGCCCAUGGCAGAAAAACCCUCUUCUGACUGUCAGCCAGAAACAUCCAACCAGAUGCAUGAAAACCCUUGUGAGAUGUUACAGUCUUCUGAGGACAACCAUAAUCCAGAAAAGACCAUUUCGCAAGGUGCCUGUACAAAGGAGGCAGAGUGGAGAUGA